CUCAGACGAGUUAAGUCUCAUCUUUUCCUUAUCGGUUAGGACCCAGGUAUGACAAUGCCGAUACAAUUGCGCCAUGCAUCAGACAAGUCAGCAAGUGUCGGCGGAUCAUAUGUACCGAACUUGCAAGGUCUUCAAGUCUUAUCAGUCAGACCGCUACAAACGGCAGCGGGGACCGGACGCAUUCCUCAUUGGAUGGUUUAAUCGCUAUAGGUUGGUAAACUUUUCAGGCAUUGGGCUCGCUUUCUCUUUGUCCCCGAGAACAUCUUAAUCUUGAUUAAUACAAGAUUUUCUUGGAUCCGUCUUACAGCACGGAGGAAUCGAUACUCAUGGCAGCAGAUGAGACAUCACCGUUACUCGAAAAUGCGGCCCCUCCGAGGAUACACAAGCCAAACAGGCCCGCCAAGCCCGUUGGUACCCUUUUCGGUCCCGCAAACCGCAUUCUCCUUGCCGGCUUCAUGAUGGCUUUCACCCUCGGCAUCACACAAGUUCCAAUCAAUUAUGUCUUUCGUCUUAUGGAAUGCGAUGUCUUCUACAGCCACAACCCCCCGUUUGAGGGACCCGGCGAUCGAUGUCAUCGUCGAGAGAUUAGUGCUGGCACUGCGACUCAGGUAUCUAUCCUAGGCAUGUCAACGUCCUUUAGCGGCGUGUUCAACUUAUUCAUAUGUGGCUACUUUAUCAAACUUUGGGGUCCGCGAUGGGCCUUCGUCUCCCAAACCGUACUUCUAGGUUUGAGGGUAUGUACACAGAUUGUCGCCGUAACGAUCGGUGGCCGGGAAGGUAUAAUCAUUUUCCAAGCUUGUCAAGCUAUAGGUAUCAUUGGAGGACCCCGCGGCUUUCAGCUAGUUCUCAACACCGCGGUGAGUGAGCUGGUCGCGCCCAAAGACCGCACGGCCGUUUUUGGUCGGCUACAGGGGUCAAUCAUGUUAGGAACUGCAUUUGGUUUCCUACUGGGAGGCGUGCUCGGCGAUAUCUACAAUAUUAGGCGUCCCUUCGAGACUGCGUUUUUUCUCUAUGUGGUUUCUUCGUUAUACGGAGCACUUUUCUUACCGACGGGAGCAAGCGAUGAGGCUGCCGGUAAGAAGCAAAAUGGUCGGGGAAUUAGUGCUUUCUUCGCACCUAUCAAGAUGAUCGCACCCCAUUCCUACCGUUUGGAGUCGGGCAAGGUCAUCAAGAAUUACAGCUUGAUCUUUCUCGCCCUAGGUAUUUUCCUCGGCGUCUUCUCUUCUGGAUACGUCCCGAUUCUUCUGCAGAUGUACGCUACGUCCGAAUUUGAUUUCGGCACCAGUGAGAACGGAUAUCUCAUGUUCGGUAACGCGGCUAUCCGCGGUAUAUUCUUACUUUUCAUGUUCCCGAAGAUCAUAUCUUCCGGUCGGACCUGGUUCAAUGGCACAUCAACACCAGCGGAAACUAGAGAACACGAAGUAGAACCCCAUAUUCCAGUGUGCCCAGGGGAUUUUGAAGCCGAUGAGGUCGGAGAAGUACCACAAGAGCCAAUACAGCCCCUUGAGGACGAGGAAGAUUCCGGGACCGGAUUUGACCUCUUCUUUGUCAGGUGGAGUCUAGUUGUCGACUCAAUAGUGACAGUCAUUGCUGGCUUCUCAACAGAGGGUUGGCAAGUAUACCUCGCUGGCUUUUUACUGCCGUUUGCUUCGGGAUCGGCACCGGCAGCCAAGGGGGUUAUGACUGAGCUAUGUCCCCCGCAGCAACGACAAGACGCCAUUAGUGCCAUUACCCUAGUGGAGAGCACAGCUACGCUAUUGACACAGGGACUUUUCGGCUUAAUCCUUGCUUUUUUCUCCGAAAUUGGCCAGCCGAGCUUAACAUUUUUCUGCAACGCCGGGUUUGCUGUACUCGGGUUUGCCGUUUUGUUUAUGGCACACCUCCCGCCACCUAACAGCAAGAGAAUUGACGACGAAGAUUCGGAAACAGAGACUGAGAACUAGAUCCGCUAGCCACGGCAUAAAAUACGCUUUUUUAAAAAAAAUAGGGGCGAAGACGAUUACCUAGAUGAACAUAUUAGACUGGAAGGUAUAUAUGCAUCAGUGCGAAGGGGAACAAGACUGACACGUCCUUCGCAAAUCCAUUUUAAACUACCUGUAUAGAUAUUCCGUGAUAGGGUAUUGAAUAAAGAUAACGGAUAAAUUUGUUUG